AGUGCGACAGGCCGCUAAGAUGGUGCUCUCCACCACAGUCUGUAGGCGGAUAAGGCACAAGGCGCCCUGCGCCUUCCUCAAGCGCACCUUAAAGCAGAAGAAGCCGCGGCUCAGUCUGGAGAAGCGCUGCGACCUCCUGAUCCAUUUGAAUUGCCUACUCUUUGUUCAGAAAUUGGCAGAAGAGUCUAGGACAAAUGCUGGUGAAAGUAAAUCUGGAGUUAUCAAAAAGGAUCAUGUAUGUGCUGCAGCAAAGGUAAUUCUGAAGAAGAGCAAAGGAUAG